UAACUAUACGGACGUCAAGGAAAGGUUUCCUGCGAGCGCCGCUCGCACUUCUGGAGCGUGUCGUUUAGGGAAUUGGGGAGGGAGGCGAUCAUUAUGGAUGGAGAAACAGCAGGUGCUGGGGGGCGACUGCAAAAUCCUCCCAGAACAGGCAGAAAACACGGAAACCACCGGAGGAGACACAGAGAUCAGGAUGCAGAUGUUCGCCUCUCCAAGGCUCUUUCUUACGUGCUGCGCCAUGGGGCAGAGAAGCUGGGGCUACAGAUGGAGCUUGAUGGCUUUGUGGAUGUGGCGGAGGUUCUUCACCUGCCCCAGUUUAAGGCUUGGACCCUGGAAGAUGUGCAGCACGUUGUGGAGACAAAUGAAAAGCAGCGCUUUGCUCUACGCCCCCACCCUUCCAGCGGGCAGCUCCAGAUCCGGGCCAAUCAAGGGCACUCGCUGCAGGUGUCUGAACUGGAGUUGAUCCCACUGCUGGACUCACUGGAUUUCCCAGAGGUUGUGGCCCAUGGCACCUAUCUGCGCCACUGGCCGGGAAUUCGCCGCAGCGGCCUCUCGCGGAUGGGAAGGACGCACAUCCAUUUAGCGCCAGGGUUGCCGGGGGACGGAGCUGUCCGGAGUGGAAUGAGAAGCAACUGUGACAUGGCUAUAGUCAUUGAUGUCGCCAGGGCUCUGGCCGAUGGAAUCACGUUUUACCGCUCGGCUAAUGAAGUAAUCCUCACGCCUGGCGAUGCCAAUGGGCUGCUGCUCCCCUGCUACUUCAAGGAGGUCCUACAGCUCAAGCCUAGGCGUGAGUCGGGCAGCCUGCCUCUUGCCACUGGGGCCCGGGAGUGAGUCGGGCAGCUUGCCAUUCAUACUUCUGCAAAACCCAGAACCUUUGAGGGUGUCUGUUGUCCCUCAGCUGUCCUGGUCCUGAGCCACUGGAUGCAUCUACCUCUACGUAAUUUAUGUCACCUACAUUCAUUUCAAUGUAAAGGCCUUAUCCAAACGCUUUUUUAAAAAGCAACUGAUUAAAUAUUGUUUGAAGUGAUGAUG